AUGUCAGUGGCCUCCGAGGACCCUCCCACCAGUGGCGGUCCUGAGAACACGCAGAGACCGACCAACCAGCCUAGGAGAGGUCGAAUGAGCCCUGGCCCUCCGCAAGCACGUACAUCAGCCGCGCCUCCAGCACGGCCUUGCACGAGUAGGGCGGCAGCUUGA